CCUCCGUUAUUUGUGCGAGCCAGCGGGCAAGUUGACGAACCGCUAGACUCGCCCAGAUUGACCUUCUCUCCGGGCAAAUAUGAUAAUGUUUUAAAUAAUCAAGUUGGUUUGCGGGCAGCAGGUCUUCAUUUCGAGACUUCUGCGAAGUCCGGGGGAAGGACGGAAUCCCUCAACUCCUUCGUGCUCCUUCCCUCUGCCUGUCUUGCACUGUGUGCGCGCGAAAUCAUGUCUGUUUAGGGCGUUUUUUUUAUUUUUAUUUUUUAUUUAUUUUCCAUCUUCGAGAACUGCUGGGCGUGGAUAGUCACCUUUUCGCGACAGUUCGGUUUUGCUUUCUCUUGCGUUCAUCGUUGAGCCACCAUCAUCGCGACUUUAAGCAAAGCUUUGUAACUAAGCAAGAAGUGUGAAGUUUUGAGUGCGACGGUUUUGAGGAGCCUGAAAGAAGUGUUCAGGCUGAAGAGUGUUUGUAUUGACUUAUUGUGCGGAUUUUGCGGAUUCCGGUUUGGAGCAUUGGCCGGAACAGCGGAUGCUGAACUUCAGGAAUUCGCAAUGCAGAUUUGAGAGUUUUUUCUAAAGAGAUUCUAGGCUCUCUUCCGGAGUCUUCAGCGAUUCGUUUUGUGAAGCGGGCUUGAGCAGGCGGGUUUGAGAUUGUUUUGUAGUAGCGCCUGGUUUCGGCAGCUAUGGCGGGUUCGUGGCGAGGUUCGACGUUGCUGCUACUUCUGGUCUGCUCAGUGUUGCAGUUAGCUGCAAGUGCUGAGACUAGCGCAAACUACCAACAGGAGGUACUGAGAGCCUUCGACAAAGGACUUCGUCGCAGAGGUCUACUUCAGGCUGGUGGUGUUCCUGCCACCCCCCCUGUUUCUUCUACCGUUCCACCUGUUUCUGCUACUCGUCCCCCUGUUUCUGCUACUCUUCCCCCUGUUUCUGCUGCCGCUCCUCCGAAGGCUGCUGGUCCAGCUCCAGCUCCAGCUCCAGCUGCCCCACCUGCACUUCCCCCACGUGCUCCACCCACACCAGUGCGGACAUAUCUCAUGUGGAUCGGUAUUGGAGCGUUCUGCCUAGUCUUACUGUCUGUCAUCAUUUUCUGCCUCUGCCGCAAAUUCGGAGACCAGAAGAUUCGUGGAGCUCAGAGGUUGCCGCCUUUGCCUCGUUACCACUAAGCCAGAAAAACUAAACUGACGAGGCUGUAUAACGCUACUGCAACACGGGAUGAUGAUGAAACUUCAUUCAAAGAGACUGGCGGCUGUUUAUUCAAAGCUUGAUUGGCGCCGAGGGAAUGUACUAAAGCGAGGAAUGGACUGUAUAAGACUGAUUUGGGUUGUGGCUUAUUAAUUCCUCCCACUUGUUUCUUUCAAGUGUAAUUUCGUGAAGGCUAAGAAAUGCGGAAGAAAGGCUGCACUGUACUGUAUUAGGUUCAUAUGGGAGAAUUUGAUCUUGAGUUAUUCUUGGUUACGAGCAUGUGAACGAAGAUCCAUUUUUGUGCAAAAUGCCUCCAUCCUAAAACUUCUAUGUG